AUGACUCUGACUCCCAAAACUGUAAGCAAACCUAUGAUUAACACUUCAUCGAGUUCAUACUUGAAUAGUUAUUAGAACUCGGCAACUUAAAAUAAAAGUUCUUAUAUGAAAAACAGACAAUACUUAUUUGAAUCAAAUAAAUCAUCAGCAGGUGAUAUCAUAUCGCAAUAUAAUAAUACUGCUAAAUCACAUCUCAAAGUUCCCUUAUUUCAAUCUUAAUCCACAAUGCAAUUAUCUUCAAAGAGUGAGAUAAUGAAACCUCAUCAAAUAAAUUAAACUAAAUAUUCGAGUCGAAUUAGCAAUUUUACUACUACUAACAAUUAUUCAUACUUAUCUGAUAAUAUUGUCCAUCCAAAUUCUUACAUAAAACAUGCUGAAUUAGAUAAAAAAUAUGAGUAAAUACAUAAAGUCAGCGAGACAAAAUUUAGAACUAAAAUAUUCAGUUGA